AUGCCUCCUAAACCGCCAUCUGACCAACGAUCUUUAUCAUCCUCGUCGAGGAUGCGGCUGCCUGCAUCUGGCUCGGAUCGUCCUAACCGUCCCAUUGAAAUGCCCAUCAGUGAACGUCCUUCGGCACAGUUACUCGGCCCGCGUCUCGCUAAAGAUCUGCGCCAGCACAGAAAUGACGUGCACGAGGGUGAUGCUCCCAAGAAGGCCGAGGAUAUUUGGACGAGACGCAUACGCUCUGACAUCGGCGAGAGACUGGAGACUGGCUAUCAUUUCGCGGUCCAGCGAAAUGAUUCGCCCUCCAGACGGCCCCUUUCCUUGACCAAGGAGGAGACGCACAAUGCCACGCUACUGGAACGAGAGGCUAUUCAUGUGGCAGUCUAUGAACCGGAAAGAAUUGACCAGGGCAAGACUGUACAGCACCAAGACUACGUUGAGGUUCACUGGGAUGGUUGCAAGAACAUCGAUAUUCCCUGGCAUCAAUUGAAAAUCUUGCCCUCCACUGGAAAACCCGACCCUGUCAUGAUUCAAACUCGUGUUGGAUAUUGCACUGCCGGCAAAGAGAUCGAGUUGAUGAUGAAUGCAUAUCCGAUUCUUUCGUUUCCAACCAAAUCUGUCUAUCAGUACGAGGCAAGUGAUUAUUUUCAAGUUCAUUUGGAAGUUGAACAUGGCAGCGCCCCUACUUUCAAGAUGUCUGUCAGACAAAAGCGCAAGCUGAACCUUGGCGUAAUCGGCCGCUGGCUCCAGGGAAACCAUGAAUUUGACGAAUACGUGAUUGAAGCCAUGAGUUUUCUCGACCACUUGCUUCGUGAAUGGCCUACCAAGGAGUAUGCCGCCAUCAAGCGAGCUUUCUUCUUUGAUGAUCUCGGUAAUAGGCACGCGUUGAAACAGGAAUUCUACCAACCUCUUCAGAACAUGGGUGCUUCUGUUUACCGUGGCAUUUACCAAGCAAUUCGUCCUACCCCGAACGGCCUUAUCCUGAAUGUCGAUGUGGCUCACUGCGUGUUCUAUUCUCGGAUCACCCUCAUGGGGUAUCUGAUGAACGCCGCAGGCUGCACGGAUUUCAACACUCUCAUCAGGAGACUACAGCCCCAAAGGGACACCCCUGGAAAGAUACAGAGAACGGGUAUGGUCGCAGCUCUGACCAAGAAGAUUUUUGGUCUUCGAGUUGCGCCAAAUUACGACGGGUGCCCUGUUCACCUGAAAACUUUCCUGGUAAAAGGCCUGAUCGAAGAUACUCCAAGAACCCUUCACACCGGCUUUGUGGACAAAGCAACCGGACAGAUGAAGACUAUGAGCAUUGAGCAGUACUUCCGGCAACGCUACAAUGUUCGCAUCACGCAUCCAAACAUGCUCUUGGUCGAGAUGCAGGAGGACAAAGUCUUCUACCCUGCCGAGUUUUUGGUUAUCAAAGGUCUUCAGAGAUACCGCCCAAAGCUCAACGAUGCCCAAGCCGCACAGAUGAUUCAGUGGUACCACAAGAAUGACCCGAUCUUGCGGCAAUACGGAAUGGUUAUCAGUGAGCAAAUGAUCAAGACAAAGGCUCGUCUUCUCCCAUGCCCUGAGCUCCAGUUUGGUGGGACUCGAAAGCACAACCCUAUGCACACUGGAUCUUGGGACCUACGCGGAAAGAAAUUCCUCAAGAACAACGAAAGGACUCUGGAGCGGUGGGGUGUUGGGUUUUUCGAGGCUCAGCGACAUGGAAUUACCCAUGACCAGGUCCUCAUGUUCCUUGAACAAUUUCAGAAGAUUUACACUCAAAUGGGAGGCGAUAUCACCAGACGCCCCGUCGUGGUGCCACUGAAAGAAGACGUCGGUCCUGGUGUCCGCAGACUGUAUGAGGCGGUAGUCUCACGUUACGCAGGCGAGCCCCAGAUCAUGCUUCUGAUCGUUCCGGACAAGGAUUCUUUCGUUUAUCUUCGCAUCAAGAAGUCGUGUGACUGUCGCUACGGAGUCCCUUCGCAGGUGCUCCAGACUAGGCACUGCAUCGCCAACAAGCCCCAGUACUCUGCAAAUGUCCUGAUGAAGGUAAAUGCUAAGCUGGGUGGUGUCACAGCUCGAGCUAUUCCGAAGAGCAAAUCUUCGACCAUGCGGCCCGGCUCCAUGAUCAUUGGCGCGGAUGUCACUCAUCCUAUGAUGGGCGUGUGGACUCCAUCUCUGGCCGCGAUGUCGGUUUCCUCUAACUCAAGCGGUACCCGCUACAUGGGUGGCUGUGAAUGCAAUGGUGAUCGCAUUGAGAUUAUCCGUGAACGUGUUGUCCAACAAAUCCUGCCUCCUCUGGUCUCCGAGUGGAAAGCAACCAUUGGCAACGGCAAGGCCCCGGAUUACGUCUACUACUUUCGUGAUGGCGUUUCUGCAUCUGAGUACCGCAAGGUUCUUCAAGAGGAGAUUUCUUCUAUCCGCUUUGCGAUUGCCCAUGCGUGCGGUCUGAAGGUUUGGCCGGGCAAGCUACUUGUUGUUGUUGCCAACAAACGCCACCACAUUCGCGGCUUCCCCGACCCAAACAACCGUACGACCUCGGACCCUCAUGGUGGUUGUCUUCCCGGUACUCUGAUCGAUCGUGAUGUGACUAGUCCCAAUGAGUGGGACUUUCUGCUGUACACCCACAUCGCUCUCCAGGGAACCGCGCGCCCAGUCUACUAUCACGUCCUUCUGAAUGAGAUCGACGGCCUCGGACCAAAUGAUCUGGCAAGCAUGAUCAAUGACCACUGUCACCAGUAUAUUCGCUCGACCACGUCAGUGUCGAUACAUCCUGCGAUCUACUAUGCCCACUUGAUCUCUGUUCGUGCCCGUCACCACGAGGAUGUUCCGGUCUCUGCUGGCCCUCAAAGUGGCCCAGAGGUCAACAUGUUGAACCCCAAGCCUCUCGGGUCCCGCGCUAAAAAGCUGCUUCCCAUUAAGGGCACUUCUAACCGCCUGGCCCUUGGCAUGUGGUAUAUUUAA